AUGGGAGGCCGAGGCCGGGAAUUCAAACUGACAGGUGGGAGCGUGGCCGUUGGAGGCGCCGGCACCGGGAUCGAUACCGGGACAUCGGGACAUCGGGACAUCGGGACAGGCAUCCCACCCGCCAUGACCUCCAGCGGCUGCACGUUCGAGGACCGGAGCGUGGCCGUGCUGUGCUGCCGGUUCUGCCGGCAGGUGCUGAGCUCCCGCGGGAUGCGGGCGGUGCUGCUGGCGGACACCGACACCGACCUCUACUCCACCGACAUCCCGCCCUCCGGGACUGUCGAUUUCAUAGGAAGCUGCUAUUUCACCGAAAUCUGCAAAUGCAAACUGAAGAACAUCGCCUGUUUGAAGUGUGGGAACGUUGUUGGUUACCACGUGAUUUCUCCCUGCAAACCCUGCCUGUUGUCCUGCAACAACGGCCACCUCUGGAUGUUCCACAGCCAAGCAGUCAUUGGCAUCAACAGGCUCGACCCUUCUGGUGUGAAUGUGUUGCUCUGGGGCAACUUGCCAGAUUUGGAGGAAAGCACGGAUGGAGAUCCAUCCUGUACCUCUGAGGAGGAGUACAUCAGAUAAAUGGGAUUAUCUACAGCCUCUUCCCUGGAUUUGUUGCCGUUUGGUUUGGAUUUUUUUUUUUCCUGAU